AUGAGUUUGUCUACGCUCAAAGAUUUGAAAAGCUGGUUGAUGAAAACAGUACCUGGAUCUAAGCCAUUUGACUAUCACGGAUUCCUUUACUGGGAUCUAUGUGGCCAACCUAACAUCAAACGACAAUUUGUAAUUGAUGCCGGCAUGGAAUCUUUUUGA